AUGCGGCCGCAUUCGACAAUCCUGGCCUCCCUGGCCAACGUCUUUCGAAUCCCAAUCACAAGACCACAAGCUACACCAUCAACAAUCUUACAAACACUCGCAAAGACGAAUUCACAGCAGACAUCAUCCUUCUCAACGACGCCAUCACUCGCAAAACGGAAAUCAGCAUACAAGCCCGACCAGCGUAUCACAUUAAUAAGAUACUUCCUCUACCACCCCCUCACCCCUCGCCCCCUCCGCUUCUCUCGCAACCGCUACCUGCGUCACUGGACAAUCCACCGCGCCUGGCAACUGUACCAAUCCAAUCUCCGUACCCAACAAGAGAACGAACUCUACCGCCAACAACAAGCCAUGUCAGCUGCAUGCGAAGAGUUGCGCACCAACUGCGGAGAGAGAGGCGCAAAGUUGUUUCGGGUGUCGAUGAAUAAGAAGGGUGUUUUCACGGAUUUGUUUCCGAUUGAGUAUGCGAGACUGCAGACUGAUAGUCCGGGGAGGGAGGGAUGGAAUCAUGAGUGGAAGAGGAUGUAA